AUGAAUGCAGUGGAAUUUCCCAGUCAUCCACACCCGUUGAACCUUAAAGAGUUUUCGUCUGAAGAAGAAGAAAACAGUCGAAUAUGUGGUUUAUGCGGAGAAACUUUAGUGGGAUCUGGUUAUGAAUGUUGUCAGUGCGAUUUUGCUGCACAUCUUGGUUGUGCAGAGAAUCCACCAUCAGUUGUUAUCGAGGAGAGCAAGAUCCAUGAGCAUACACUCACUCUCUUGCCCACACAAGUCUCCUUCACUUGUAAUGCUUGUGGACUUACUGGCGAUAGAUCUCCAUAUGUAUGUCUCAAGUGUUCUUUCAUGACACACAAAGACUGCAUAGAGUUUCCACGCGUUAUAUCUAUCAACCGUCACGACCACCGCAUGUUUUAUACUUCGUUUCUUGGCCCCGGGAAAUGGACUUGUGGAGUUUGUCACCAGGGUAUGGAGGGGCGAUAUGGUGCUUACUCAUGUCACCAUUGUCCAAAUUUCGCAACUCACUCGACGUGUGCAACAAGAAGAGACGUGUGGGACGGCAGAGAGCUCGAGAUGAAUCCGGAAGGAAAAGACGAGGAGAAUGGUGAGCAAUUAUACUUCGCACUUGACGAGACGUUAAUUCUUCAUUUCAGUCAUAAACACCAUUAUCUAAGACACCAAGAUGAACAUACAGACGCUGCUAUUUGCUGUGGAUGUGCUCUUCCCAUAGCAACUGAGACCUUUUACAGGUGUCAAGAAUGCGAUUUCUUUCUUCACCAGCGAUGUGCUCUUCUUCCACAGCAUAAAACUACGUUUCUACAUGUACACCCACUUACUCUUUGUUCAGACGAUGAAAGGCUAGGUGGUCCUAAUGGCCUUUCUCGUUGUCAUGCUUGUGAGUUACAUUUUAAUGGGUUUAGCUAUCGUUGUUUGGAGUGUGACGUUGAAUUCGAUAUUAGAUGUUCUUCAGUUACUGAACCCUUUGAGGUCUAUUGUCAUGAUCAUCCGUUAUUUCUAGACGACGUUCCAACAGAUGAGAUCGAGAAUGCCAAAAUCUGCAUCGGCUGCGGUCUUGAAGGACUUAAAUAUGUGCUAAGUUGUUUGGAAUGCAAUCUACAUUUGUGCUUCGCAUGUGCAGUCUUGCCCAGUAUGGCCAAGUACAAGUACGAUGAGCAUUUGCUCAGCAUCCACACUGGUCUUGAAGACGCUACUGGUCAAUACUUGUGUGACGUAUGCGAAAAAAAGAUUGAAGAAAUGGGUAAUUACUACAAGUGUCUCAGUUGUGGUCCGGUUCUUCACACCAGUUGUGCCGUUGGAAGUUUCAGACACAUGAGACCAUGGCUGAGUUUCAUAUCAGAUGGAUGUGAAUAUAAAGUGGUUUGCAAUGACUGGACACCACAACUACGUUGUAGCAACUGCCACAAUGACUGCUACGAACCGUUGCUCGUGAUGUCUACAACUACUAAUACUGACGAUGCUAUUUACUUGUGUUCUUCUCGUUGUUUCACAGCUUACGUUCCUGUCUAA